AUGGCUUUUCUGCGUACUUCACCUCUAACAUCACCUUCAACCUGUUGUAUGGAAUAUGCACACAUUGUAUCGAUGAAGGAAUUGGUUUCAAGCCUGGCAAUGCUUUCCAACUCUAAUCAAUCAGCCGCUAAAGCACAACGCCGACAAACUAUCGUAUCGUGUAUGAGUGGAAUGGCUAAUUUGCCUACUUUGAAUACAGCAACAACAUUGGAUGCACUGAAUCAAUCCGGAGUUCUGAUCACUUCAUUAACAACUCCGGAUAUCGCGCAAGGUAAUGCCGUACAUCGAGGGAGCGCUUCGUCGAUUUCGUCGAUUAGUUCUGGAAAUAUUCAGCCGUUGUCAUCCUUACUGUAUGCAAGUCAACAGUUUAGUUCGUCUACUUCGUCAAGUUUGGGUUUUGGUGAAAUGUUUGACAAUCAAAAUCCUGAAAUAUCCACCAGCGUGUUCCUUGAUCUUGUCGAAAUCAUGAAGGCAGCAACAAGUGCAUCAACAACCGGUCAAAAUGUAGUACCUAUUGACAAUAAAAUUGAACAAGCCAUGGAUUUGGUCAAGACCCAUCUAACAUUUGCUGUCCGCGAAGAGGUUGAGAUCCUACGCUCUACAAUUGUUGAAUUGGAAGCAAAAGUUGCACAGCUGGAAAGCCAAAAUCAAGUACUGAAGCAAUUUGCUCCGGUAGAAGUAGUCAAUUCAUUGGCAGUACUUGUACAGCAACAGCAACAAAGGCAAAUGCAAUUACAACAGCAACAACUCUCCUCUGGUGCGACCUCACCUAAUCCUGCACAGCCCAUUUCUGUUCAGAGUACACAAGUACCAGUUCAAGGCAUCCAGAAGCAAUCGAUGAAAUCUGAAGUUUCCGUUAGUCCAACUUCUUUGCCAAGCAUUGUUCCUCCUGUUGGUUUGCCACCAGAGGUACAACCAAGCGCAGAGCAAAAACAACCAAAGCAACUUUCCGUCACUGGCAUCGUUGAUUCUAACAUGCAGUAA